GUUACUUGAAAACAGCCAAUAGGAGACUUGCAAACAGCAUACCUCCCGUUAGUAUAAAUACUUCUCUUGCUCACGCUCUGGUUCUAUUCUUGUGUUUUCUUUUGAAGGCGUUUGCUAUUUGUUUUAUCAGCCAUGUCUGGACGCGGGAAGCAGGGCGGUAAGGCGCGCGCCAAGGCCAAGACACGCUCGUCGCGGGCGGGUCUGCAGUUCCCCGUGGGCCGCGUGCACCGCCUGCUCCGCAAAGGCAACUACUCGGAGCGGGUCGGGGCCGGCGCGCCCGUGUACCUGGCGGCCGUGCUCGAGUACCUGACGGCCGAGAUCCUGGAGCUGGCGGGCAACGCGGCGCGCGACAACAAGAAGACGCGCAUCAUCCCGCGCCACCUGCAGCUGGCCAUCCGCAACGACGAGGAGCUCAACAAGCUGCUGGGCAAGGUUACCAUCGCGCAGGGCGGCGUGCUGCCCAACAUCCAGGCCGUGCUGCUGCCCAAGAAGACCGAGAGCCACCACAAGGCCAAGGGAAAGUAAAAUGCUGGCUAUUGUUUCUAACACGGACUUUUUCCUAAUCAAGAAAGUUACCCUAACAACAAAGGCUCUUUUAAGAGCCACCCACUAUUUCCAUUAAAAGAGCUGUCCUGCUUUGAAUUCUGACAAGCGUUUAAAACCGAAGUAAAAUGUCACGAUUAACCCCCGGGAA